GCCUCCCUCUCCUCGACCGCCAUACCCUUGUCUGACGCACUGCAGUUACAUGCCCAAAGCCUCCGCUUCCACGGGCCGCACGGCUUUGCGCAGAAACCAGGCUUGCCUAUCGUGUAGAAAACGCAAGCUGAAGUGUGAUGCUGCGCGUCCACAUUGCAGUACUUGUGUCAAACAAUGGCAAGCACUCAUCAGCGUACCCCCGCCUGUUGGAUACGCGCAUCCAACUGAGCCUCAGUGCUCGUAUGAUCCAGUCGAAGGGCUGCCUAUAGCACCGGAUACCGACCCUACCGAGCGAAUCCGUCUCCUGGAAGAGCACAUUUCGCAACUUCGAAAUCAGCUCAACGAGACACGGCAUUUCAGGUCGGGCUCUGCAUCACCACCUCAGCGUCGCGCUUCCUCAAACCAACACAUCAGCUCGAGUGCGUCAGUUGGCUCCUCAGGGCGAUCUCCCACCCUCAGCAGUCCGAACGGAGGUUCGUCGGUGGUCUCUCCUACCCUGGAGAUAGCCAGUGGCGUCUCCAUGGAGAGCCCAGUAUCGCAGUUACGUGGGUCUUCUGGUAGUCCGCAGACGCUACAAUCUGGUGGCAGUCGAGGCAACGAUCCAAUAAUGAUGGACGUCCUGUUUUCGGGCUGGGAUCCAGAUCUACCGGAUCCGGAGGUGCUCAAUCACUACAUCGAAGUCUUCUUCAGAUGUGAUCCGUGUGGUUCCCGCGUCUUACACAGGCCGUCAUUCCUGGCCUCGAUGCAUCUGCACCCGAAAGAUCUCGGUUUCCCUCAUUCUGCUGUUUUGCAUGCUAUCUGUGCAUCUGCCUCCCGAUGGGCUUCCCACGACAUCAUCACCAUGCCAGACGGCACCCGCCGCGACCGCUUUGCCGAAUUCCACGUGAGCAAGACGAGGUCCUAUAUUGACAGAACGAUGGCCUCUGGGCAGGACAUCUUCCCUGUAAUGCAGGCCUGCAUAAUCCUCUCGUGGUACUUUUACCAGGAAGGCCGCUGGGUCGAGGUUUGGAUCUUUGCGGGUUUCCAAACCCGAGUUGCAGUCCCACUGCGGCUCAACUACCCUGGCACGUUCUCCGCUGCGCAAGGUGGAAGUUCUCCCGGGGCAUAUCUUGCUCCCCCGAAAGACUUCAAGGAGCUCGAGUCCCGGCGUAGGACAUGGUGGAUGACCAUUAUGUUCGAUCGCAUCGUAUCUGUGGGCGGAUGGCUACAUGGCGUAGAUGAGCGCGAUGUCGGAACAGAAUUUCCCCUUCGAAGCAUCGACUUUGAACAAGAUUCAAAUAUUGCGAGCAACCCGCAAGAUUUGGCCACUAAGGACGUUUUUGUGCGACACAUAUCAGCAUAUACAGACUCCUUCCUGCUCUUCCUAAAGGCAGUGAUGCUUUUCGGACGUGUGACUGACCACAAUACACGCACGAACUUGCGAGCACCACAACUGAAGAGUCAAAAUCCUUUCUCACUACCGGGCUUUGAAGAGCUUGAUCGGCUGGUAUGCAUCGAGUUCCUGCAGUGCAUACCGACGAGUUUCAAGCAUCUUGGCCUUGGCGAAGGCGGUGCCCUUGACACCGACCUCUACAUGGUUCACAUAGUACCACAUGCUGCAACGAUCACUCUUCAUAAUUCUUACAUUGACUUCAAAGACUCACAGAGUGUAUCGACAUCCCGCUGCUUGCACGCAACACGGUCUAUUCUCGCCGCAUACUACAGUCUCUCCGAGACAUCCCUGGAUAUCAGUAGAUUGCAUCCGUUUGUCACGAUUUGUUGGUAUCUCGCUGCGGUAGUGCAAAUACAGUUGUGCAAAUAUUUCAUAGAGAUCAACGACACUGCUAGGGAGUCUACAGUUUGGGGCGAGAUCAACGUUUUGAGAUUUGCUAUGCUCGAGUACGGUAACCGUUCGCCCAUUGGCACACGUCAAGAAAAGCUCCUGCAAGGGCUGAUGACCGAGAUUGUUCGUAUGACCACGCAGAUGCACCCGCUCGAAAUGGGUGUGCCUCUCUACCCUUUCUCACACUCGGGCGUGUUCCCAAUAAACAAGGGCGGUUCCGGAGGAGAGAGCGCAGGCGCACCUCUUCCUGACAGCACGCCGUACGACGAACAGACGAGCGGGUCGCCAACAUCGCUUCGGGGCGCCAUGCACACGCCGUCGAUGAGCUUCCAACGCCAGCAACACGACCAGGCCUCAAUGGGCUGGCACUCUCGGCCGUCCACAUCCUCAACGGUGUCGAGCACCAGCGCGCGGACUUAUAUGACGCCGAACAUGCAUCCUUCUCAUUCGCAAUAUUCGCCAUAGUGACUGCGCACUAUGCUUUGCUUGUAGUUAUGUCAAAUGUCUCCUUGUUUGUCUCUUCGCUUUGCCUCGUCGCACUGGGUUCAUCAACUGGACAUUCACUCUGUGUACGUUGGAUAUGUAGUAGGUACUACCGCUUCCUCGCCGUGCUUUCCUAGCUUUCCUUUGCUUCAGCUAUCUGGACAUGCAUUUUGCUUGAUCUCAUGUAACAGCAUUAUCUCGCAGAUCUAUCCGUAUCACUGCAAUUCGCCAGGGCGGACCAUCAGGUGGCCCACUGCUCGCACUGUGGCGAACUGAAGUGAGAAUUACAUACACGUUUGCGUACAAGGAAGCGUUUUUGUCCACAAGGCUCAACUACCCCCGAUCUUGCGUUCAGCCUCGAGUAUGGCGUCGAAGCGAGCCUGUUCUUGGGCGCGCUCCGCAUCGGGGUCAACGGUGCCUGCUCCAUUGUUUGCAGACGGAAGUCGCACGUUGUCGGCAUUGCGAGUACGCUCAUGCUGCUGUCGCAGGACGUCCCACGACGAUGGCUGCGCUGCGCGUGCGUUAGCCGUACGGAUUUCGUUCCAGCGGCUCUUGGGAUGCUGUGUGACUUGUGCAGAUGCUGCGGGUUCGUCUGUCAUUGGGACUACAGCGGGGCUCUGCUGCACAGGGUUUGUGGCAGUCCACGUCACGUCGCUUUCGACAGGCUGCGUCGUGUCGCCGUGCACGUCCGCGCGUGGCACGCCUUCUCGCGAGGGCGCGCCGACCCAACCGAGCGAGCCAGGCUCGCCGCCGAGCCGCCCGUUAACGUUUUGCAGCGCCUGGAGGAACUGCGUGGAGUCGUCGAGGCUUCUGAUGAAGUUCACGUGCGCAGAGGCGCGUCGUAUCUGGCCCGCGAACGCGCCGACGACGUACGCCGUAGAGCUAAUUAUGACCAGUCUCGGCUGGUGCCAGCGGGGUUUCUUGUAGAAGGCGCCGUAUGUGGCAGUCAAGACCGUCGCGGUAACACCGCCUGUGUAAGGGUAGUAGCGAUGGUAGCCUGGUAGAAACUUUGUAGCCAGCUCGUAGUCAUGCUCAGAGAUGGUGCCAUUCUCGAGCUCUGGUCGAAGCAGUUCCUCCGCUUUGGCUCGCGUACUGAAG